AUGAAUAAAGAAAGUAGAAUCAUGAAGAAGUAUAAAGAAUAGUAAAAGAAGGUAUAAGUUUAUUAUUAGUAAUAAGGUUAAUAAUUAAACAAUUUACACAUAUACUAAGAAGCUAUUGAAUGCUUAGAUGAAGCUAUUUCUAUAAAUCCAAAAUAUGAAAAUGCGUGGAUUAAUAAAGGUAAAUUAAAUAAUAAUUUAGGCAUCGCAUUACAUAAAAUAAAGAAAUUUAAAGAUGCUAUAUUUUUUUAUGACUAAGCUCUAUCAUAAUAUAUCAAUCCAUUAACAUUAAGACUUAAAGGUAUAUUAACUAUAAUUUAAAUUUAGCUGAUUCAUUAUUUGAAUUAGGUAAUGAAAAUGAAGCUAAAUAAAGUUAUUUAUUUGCAUUAGAAAAAAGAUCAAAAGAGAAAGAUUAUAUAUAGAAAUAGCUUGAAAAGUUUUGA